ACCCGCUCUGAUUGUCAAUGUUUAUUUUUGAAUAUCUUCUAACGUUCGUCUUCAUGUUGUUCUGCAGUUUUCCCAGCAGCCCCGGCGGUGUGAAGAUGUCUGACGAUGACGAUGUUCCGGUGACGAAGAGGAGUCGAGUUUAUUAUGGCAGCCUGGAGGAGAGAGAGAGGGAGAGGCUGGGGGGCGAGCGAGGGAGAGACGCCCUUAAGGCUGGCAUCAAGGCUGGGAACAUCAACAUCUCCUCAGGCGAGUACCUGGAGAUGGAGGAGCGUGUCAGCGAGCAUCAGAACGACGCGCUCGCUGCCUUCGAGAGGCGACGCAGGGCGAGGCAGAUCACCGUCUCUACUGAUGACUCAGAGGUGAAGGCGGGGCUCCGAGCGCUGGGAGAGCCAAUCGUAUUGUUCGGAGAAGGACCAGCUGACCGCAGGGAGAGAUUGAGGGGAGUCCUCUCGGUGGUCGGUCCGGACGCUCUGAAGAAAUCCAGGAGAGAGGAGGAGAGGGGCAAGAAGAGCCAGGAUGAGUGCCAGCAGACCUGGUACCACGAAGGCUCCGCCUCCCUGAAAGACGCUCGCCUCUGGUUGGCCAAAUACUCUCUGCCACGGGCGAUGAGGCGUCUGGAGGAGGCUCGCGUUCAGAAGGACGUUGCCGAGGCGACGAGAGCGAUAAAACAACAAGAGCAGCAGAAGAGCCUGAGGAAUCUGAAUAACUUCUGCAGUCAGAUCGGAGACGAUCGUCCAAUCAGCUUCUGCCAUUUCAGCCCCGACUCCAAGAUGCUCGCCACAGCUUCCUGGAGCGGUUUGUGUAAGCUGUGGUCCGUCCCCGACUGCAGCCUGCUGAGAACGCUCAGAGGACACAACACCAACGUGGGGGCCAUCGUGUUCCGCCCGCAGGCAGGAGUCUCUCUCGACCAAUCAGACGUCAGCUUAGCAUCAUGUGCCGGAGACGGCUCCGUGAAGCUGUGGAACCUCGAGAGUGAUGAACCAGUAGCUGAUAUAGAGGGUCACAGUGAGAGAGUAUCUCGAGUCUCCUGGCAUCCAUCAGGGAGAUUCCUGGGAACAUCCAGCUAUGAUAAGUCGUGGCGUCUGUGGGAUCUUGAAGUUCAGGAGGAGAUUCUUCAUCAGGAGGGUCACAGCAAAGGAGUCCAUGACAUCGGCUUCCACCCCGACGGCUCAUUGGCUGCCACCGGAGGGCUGGAUUCGUUCGGCAGGGUGUGGGAUCUCCGGACCGGACGCUGUGUGAUGUUCCUGGAGGGACACCUGAAGGAGAUCUACUCUCUGCACUUCUCUCCCAACGGGUCAGCCAAUCACAGAGCAGCUCACUGUACACACAGCCAGUCACAGAGCAGCUCACUGUACACACAGCCAGUCACAGAGCAGCUCACUGUA